AUGGCUCUUUUGUGCUUUAGCAAGAAGAAAAAUGUGGCCAAACGGACAUGGAAGCGAUUCACUAAGAAGAUCAGAUCCAAAUUUAGAGACCUAGAGAUUGCUGCAUCAAUCAGAGAUUCGACUUAUCGUCUCCUCCGUGUCAUCUCUCACCGUCUCAUCAUUCCUUUCAAGACAAGGUACCUUCAAAACUCUAUUUCUCGAACUCAUUUCAACAACGACUAUAUCUAUAGUCAUAGUCAUAGCCAUGGCCGGAGACAAGGGUCUCGGUUCCUGGAAUUCUUCUCUCGUUCUUUCGCCAAAACAAAGUGUAUUAAAAGGCAUAAUGAGAGUAACUACUGGCAAAUCUGCGAAUACCAAAGCCAACGAUGGAGGCAGGGGAAGAUCAAUAGAGAGGAGAAAAUUUUGGGACGAAAGAAGAAAAAAGAAGAAGAAGAGGGGCCGCAGGAGAUUGUUGAUUCGAUAGAAGUUGCUUGGAGGAGAGUGGUGGCUGCAUCGCCACACCUUAGGGUGGACGAAAGAGCCGACGAGUUCAUAUAUAAGUUUAGAGAGGGGAUGAGAAUGGAGAAAGAGAUAUCUUUUCUUGAGUUCCAAGAAAGGUUAAAACGAAGUGCAUGA